GCCCCUUUGGGCCGCCGUCGCGGCGCUGGGGCUGCUUUGCGGAAGUGCACUGGGGGGCGCCCGGCCGGUGGAAGAUGGCGGGGGUGGAGAGCAGCUCCCGGUACCCGGAGGGAUCGGCGCUUCAGGACCCGCUGUCCCGCUUCACCUGCCCCGUCUGCUUGGAGGUGUUUGAGAGCCCGGUGCGGGCCCCCUGCGGCCAUGUCUUUUGCACUCCAUGCCUGCAGGAAUGUCUGAAGCCUAUUGAACCAGUUUGUGGAGUCUGCCGCAGUACCCUGUCUCCUGGCAGUAGAGCUCUGGACCUGGAAAAGCAAAUUGAAAUGACAGAAACCACUUGUGAUGGCUGCAAUAAAAAAAUGUACCUCUCAAAGAUGCGUAGUCAUGCAGCUUCUUGUUCAAAAUACCAGAAUUAUAUAAUGGAAGGCGUUAAAGCUGUAACUAAAGACCCACCUCGUAACACCAGGAAUGUUCCAAAUCGUUUUACCUUUCCUUGUCCUUACUGCAGUGAGAAAAACUUUGAUCAGGAAGGACUAGUUGAACAUUGCAAAAAAUACCACAGCAUGGAUGCAAAACAAGUGGUUUGCCCAAUUUGUGCCUCGAUGCCAUGGGGAGAUCCAAAUUACAGGAGUGCUAACUUCAUGGAACAUCUUCAACGGCGACAUCAGUUUUCCUAUGAUACUUUUGUGGAUUAUGAUGCUGAUGAAGAUGACAUGAUGGCACAGGUUUUACUACGUUCCUUGAGGGAUCAGUGAACUAAGUGGGAGAUGAACUGUAUGAUACCAACCUUCCAUUAGGGGAAAAUACACAGCAUCCCUGACACCUGUCCCCUCUCAUCCCAAGAUGAUCCCACACAUCUGAAAAUAAAUAUGGAAGAUUUUUGAAGAAUUGCAGUUUCUUGGCUCCAGUACCUGAUCUCUCCAUACAUUACUAUGGGUCUUGUCUGUUAGUGGUCUCUUUGCUGCUGCUCAUCCACUUCAGGGUAGUUCUCUUGCUUCCUUCACUCCAAAGGCUUGACUACACUUGAAACACUACAGCGGCAUAGCUGCGCUGCUGUAGCACUUCAGUGAAGAUGCUGCCAACACCAACAGGAGGGGUUCUUCUGUCUGUGUAGGUAAUCCACCUCUCUGAGAGGCAGUUGCUAGGUCCACAGAAGAGUUCUAUCAACCUAGCGUUGUCUAUACUGAGGGUUAGGUCAGCUUAACUAAAUCACUCGGAGGUGUGGAUUUUUUCACAUCCCUGAGCGACGUAGCUG